AGCAAAUGAUAUAUUUUUUAGAUUAGAAAUUAAAAUACAAUAUGAGAUUUAGUAUAAAUAAAUAUUUGAGUUGUCUGACUCAACACAAAAUAUCAAAGAUUUCUUUAAAAGUAAGAAAUAUUUCACAGCACCAAAGUUUUGUUCCAAAAAGUUCAGAUGAACUCUAUGACUUACAUAUACAAACCAGUCCUUUGCAAAAAAUUAUGUUGACUGUUGGAUCAGCUUUUGCAGCACUAUAUAAUCCUUAUCGUGGUGAUAUGGUUGCAGCACUUGGUGAAACAACUGGUCAUUUGGCUUUACAAAAACUGCAUUUACAAAUGUUAAAUGAUGAUACUGGAUAUAGAAUAUUAAAAGAAAAACCAAUAAUUGAUAGCCAUAUUUUAGACAUCAAAAAGUUACUUUGUUAUCCUAAAAAUACUCUUGGUUACUGCUAUGGAAACUUUAUGCAUUCUCAAAAUUUGUCUGCCGAUGAUCGUUCUCCUGUUAGAUUUGUUGACAAUACAGAACUUGCCUAUGUUAUGAAAAGAUAUAGACAGAUUCAUGAUUUUUGCCAUGUUAUUUUAGGUUUUUCAGUUGAUGUUUCUGCUGAAAUUGUUGUAAAAUGGUUUGAAUGUUUUCAUUUUAAUCUUCCAAUGGCAGCCUUAUCCUCAGUGUUUGGACCUUUAGCAUUAAAUCAAGUUGAACAAAAAGAAUUAAUAAAUUACAUACCUUGGGCAGUUUUUACAGGUAUGUCAGCAAAACCUUUUUUAAAUGUUUAUUUUGAAAAAAACUUGGAAAGAGACAUAUUUGAGUUAAGAAAUGAGUUGCAUGUUUAUGAGCCUCCAAAAAAUGGUUUAUUGCAUAAAUAUUGGUAAAAAAUUACAUCUGAAUUGAUGAAACAGUGAAAAUGAUUUUUUUAUUGCAACCUUAUGAUAUUAUUAGUUGUAAAAGCCCAACCAUAAAUGUAAAUAUUUUUAUAUUAAUGCAUAAAAUUAAUAAAUAUUUUCAUUUAGUU